AUGUUAAUUUAUUUAUAUAAGGAGAAUAAGCCGAAAGUAGCGUCUGGUUACAUUAAAACUAUGAAGAGAUUGUGGGAAAUAAUUGCAAGAGAGAUGUCCAAUGCUUUCAAAAUCACCAUCAGUCCAGCAGAAUGUGAAAAUAAGUUCAGAGUUCUGGAAAGGAGUUAUAAGAAAGUGGUUGAUAACAAUAAUAAAACUGGAAGGGCAGCUAAAGCAUUUGAGUAUCAGACAGAGUUCGAUGAAAUAUUUGGCAAGAAAGCAAAUUACAGGCCUUUGCUAUUACUGACAGAUAAUGAGAGUAUAGUGCCUACAAAAGUAGUGCCAAACUUGAGAGAUGCGAGGGAAGAUGCUAUGCCAAGCCAUGAAGAAGGUGAGGAAAUUGUCAUUUCCUUAGUUGAAGAAGAUAAUUCUCAGGCUCAAGAACCUCAACCCACUAUAUCUACUCCCAUGUUGGCUCCAGGUAUGAAGAGGAAGAGAAGGAAUGCUAAUCGAGAUGGUCCUUUUUAUAAAAAAAAAGAAUGACAUUUUAGUUGAAAUGAAGAAUGAUCUAAAGGAAUAUAAUGAUAAAAAGUUAGAAAUCGAAAAAUAAAAAUUAGAAAUCAACAAGAAGAAAUUGGAGGACAGACUGAAAAGAACCACUUUAUUGGGAUGGCAUAACAACCAAUUUUUUUUUUGAACAAUUGAACAUUUUUAUUUCUUUUCCUGAGCUAUUCAGAAUACCCUUCUUUUUUCUGAGCAAAUGAGAUUGACCUUUCUGUUGUAUUUUGUUCAA